GCCGAGUGAAGACUAUACGAAGAGCAGCCUUCUCCGCGCCAAGGUUAGACAAAAUGCCAGGAAUGUUCUUCUCUGCUAAUCCAAAGGAAUUGAAAGAAACUGAUCAUUCACUUCUAGAUGAUAAAACGCAUAAAAAGAGGCCAAAGACUUUUAGAAUGGAUGUGAAAGCGUACCUGAGAUCUAUGAUCCCACAUCUGGAACCUGGAAUUAAACCUUCUAAGUCCAAAGACAUACUCUCCAUUAAUGAAGUAAUGCAGUGGUCUCAAUCUCUGGAAAAACUACUUGCAAACCAAAUUGGUCAAGAUGUUUUUGGAAAUUUCCUAAAGUCUGAGUUCAGUGAGGAGAACAUUGAGUUCUGGCUGGCUUGUGAAGACUAUAAAAAAACGGAGUCUGAUCUUUUGCAUUGCAAAGCAGAGAAAAUAUAUAAAGCAUUUGUACAUUCAGAUGCUGCUAAACAAAUCAACAUUGACUUUCACACUCGAGAAUCUACAGCCAAGAAGAUUAAAGCACCAACCCCCACGUGUUUUGAUGAAGCCCAAAAAAUUAUAUAUACUCUUAUGGAAAAGGACUCCUAUCCCAGGUUUCUCAAAUCAAAUAUGUACUUAAAUCUUCUGAACGAACUUCAGGCUAAUAGUCUAAAGUGA